UACUGAAUCAUUAGUCACGUGAUAACAACAAAAAUGGAAGCUACACUCCGGCGAACGAUGAAUAAUGUCACUGAUCGACUGUUUCCAGUGUCAAAAUCAAUGAGAGAUCCUCAAAACCAUCAAAUUAUUAAAGCUGGAAAUGACUAUGUCACCAACCUGCCCCUGCAAAUGGCAAUUUAUUUCAAUGCAUUCUUCGCUCCAUUCUGGAUAAUUGUAACUGUUGUGGGAUUGGAAGUCAAAUAUGAUGAACUAAACAUUCUGUACAAGAUUACUCUGAUUGCUGUCUACAUCACAUACACCAUUAUUGAGGUGGUUCGUUUGUAUGUUGGGUACACUGGAAACCUCAUGGAAAGAGUUCCAGAACUUGCUGGCUUUUGGCUGUUGACCCUUCUCAUCCAGUUUCCUCUAAUUCUUCUGCUGACGUUUAACGAAGACGCAAGAAUUCUCCCCAUAGAACGUGCGGUGAACAUUGUCGAGGGCCUGUUUGUAUUGUUUGAAAUUAUCUGUGGAUACAUCGCCAUCAGAAUCAUGGUGAACUAUCAGGUGACCAAGUUUCACCUACGACAGUUUGCAGACUUGGAAGAUAUGGCAGAUAAUGAGUACUGGCUUGAACAAGCGCACGAGGCACACGAGCAUUAUAGUUGAAGUGAUCAAGUGUUUAAUGUACAAGUGUUUGUUUUGUUAAUAUUAGUGUAUGUAAUAUUUAAGAUGAACUAGGCAGCUGUGAUAAUUUUGAUAGAUAACUUUUAGAUCUGUACCAGUAUCUGAAUUAGUGCUACAAAUUUGAAAGACAUGUACAAUGUACAUGUAGUAAUUCAUCCUCAGCACCCCAGCGUAUCAUAACCUAUAUGAUACUCUGUGCAAAUCAGCUGUAAAAAUUUCAUUUUCAUGAAUACUUAAUGAGGUGAAAUUCAGCCGCUUGAUUGGUGUGGAAAUGGCUGAGAAGUCACGGAUGUAAUCUUGGUUUGAAAUAAUCCAACGAAAUCACGGCUUACAAAAAGUUUUAGGCAGGAUAUUGUUAAAUAUGCUGAUAGCUCUUAACAAAGGAGAUUCUUUCCUCAUUGUUAUUGGUUUGUUCAUUGGUCUGAAAAUGCCUAUGAAUAUUCAAGAUUUACAAAGUUUCCCUUGCCAAUUUGCCCAGGGUAUCAUAUAGGUUAUGAUAUGCUUGGGAGCCUAGGAUGGUAGUACAUGUAAUAAAAAAAUGCAUUUGAAAUGUUGACAACAGAAAAUGUUUUUAAAUUUGUAUGACACAGUGAACACAUUGCAACUUGAUAAUAUUGGUUUGUGAAUCUCUCUUGUCAUUAAGACUGUUUUUAAAGAAUGAGUACCGUAUAUUAAUCAUGUAAUCAUAGGUAUUGAUAAAUAUCAGUAAAAACAAAAGUUACAAAAUGUAGGGAGCAAGAUACUUGUGCAUCAUUGUGCUUAAGUUUUACACAUUGUGAAAUUGACACAUCAAUGUUGUUUUUUAUUGCUACAAAAUUAUGAUGCAUUCCGUCCAUUGCACAUAACUUUCAGUCUAUGUGUUAGUAUAUGUAUAUUUACAAACAUUAAAAUUGCUAUGUCA